GCGCCCCCCACCACCGUCUCUCUGGAGUCGUCAUGGCAGUCGCGCUGUGCAGGUCGCUACUGCUGUUGCUUGUCGUGGUCGCGGCGCUCUGCCCCGACGGGGCGGCCGAGAAGGACUCGGGCAGCGACAAGAAGGCGGCGGCGGCGAAGAAGAAGGACAUCCGCGACUUCAACGAUGCCGACAUGGCGCGCCUGCUGGAGCAGUGGGAGCGAGACGACGACAUCGAGGAGGGCGACAAGCCUGAGCACCUGCGCCAGGGCCCGCCCAUCGACCUCUCCAAGCUCGACCCCAGCAACCCGGCCGAGAUGCUCAAGGCCACUAAGAAGGGCCGCACGCUCAUGGUGUUCGUCACAGUGUCGGGCGACCCCAGCGAGAAGGAAGCCGAGGAGAUUACGGGGCUGUGGCAGGGCAGCCUCUUCAACGCCAACUACGAUGUACAGCGCUUCAUGGUGGGCCCCGACCGUGCCAUCUUCAUGCUGAAGGACGGCUCUCUGGCGUGGGAGAUGAAGGACUACCUGGUGGCACAGGAGCGCUGCGCAGACGUCACGGUGGAGGGCCAAGUGUUCCAGGGUCGCGGCGCUCCCUCCAAAGACGUGAAGAGCAAGAGUAAAAACAAGACCAAGCCUGGCAAGAAGACGGCAACGACGACCUCGGGCGACGGAGCCUCUUUCCAUGACGCCAACCUCGACGCCAACCGCGACACCAACCGGCCCAGCAAGCGGGAGGACCUGUGACAUCCACGCCUGUGGCCGGGGACGGCCACCGUGACGGCCUCCACAGCCCCGCUCCCUACCAGAAUGAUCGCAAGGGGCCUUCCCUCUCACCCCAACUGCCCCCACUAUUCCCCUCCCAGCGAUGGCACUGGGCGCCGGACCCGCAGAGGUUUUUAGGCGAGUGAGCAUCUACGGGAGAUGGCAGUGUAGCCGCGCGUCGCACCGUCGCGCCCGUCUCGGCGAAUCGUUUGAUUUUGUUUCGACAGCCCAGAGUGCUGGGGAGCGUGCAUCCCAACACGAGCAGUCCCCUAGAGUUAGAGUCGCUGAUUCGGGCUGGUGGUGGUAUCGCUUGCUUCGCGCUCCACGCCGACCACGGUUUGGCGUGAGAAUUCGACUCGCGGCGUUCGGAACGCAUUUCGGAGUUCACAGCCCCUGUUUACAGCAUUGCCUCUUAAAUUAAAUUGAUUUGUACUGCU